AUGAACUCGAUCAUCGAAGGUUGCCACGUAACAUUCAGUUCGGAUUUUAUUGAUAUUGAUGGUCCAUUCUUGUUACCCAUUGACGAAUGUAUUCAUUCAUUGUCAUCAAUAAAUCAUACAUCUACGUUCGAUGGAAGUAUUUUAUUAAAUACCAAUGGAGAACUUAGUACGUUCUAUCAUUAUUCACAAUUAUCGUCCAACAAUACAGCAUUACUUCAUCAAAUUCACAUAGUAGAUACAGAUAUUCCAAGAGAUAUCAAUGAAAAAUAUAUUCGGAGUUAUAAUCAAUGGCAACAUGUUAAAAAACUAUGGAAUAAUUCAUAUCAAUACACAAGCGAAAAAAGUUCAUGGACUGGGUAUAGGAGCAGUACAACAAUAUUCGUUCUAAAUGGAGAGGUUGUCGGACGCGAGUUCAGCGCGUUUGAUCGUGGCCAACUAAGUAAACAUUGGUUUGAGAAUAAGGAUCAAUUAUAUUCACAUGGUCAAACUUCGGGUGAAAUACAACUAGGAACACUGGAUAAUAUAUAUUCAGCAUGUUUACAAUCAUUAAAUAUAUCUAAUCCUAAUAGCCGCCAAAAAUAUCGUCUAACGUUUGAAGUAGACACAGCAAAUCAUGGUUUGUUGAAAUCUUGUGGAUAUUAUCCAAUUGGCUGUGCAGAUGAUUGUUUCUUUGGUGUAUUAAUUGAUAAUUUGAAGUCCUAUCAACAACAUCAACCGAGUAAUAGUA